AUGGAUGACCUUCAAGUAUCCGAUGAUGACAUGGAUAUUGAUAGCGAUUCCAGUUUUUCUCCAAUUCACUCCAAUCAUCCAGAGGAUGAUGAGAAAAAACAGAUAGCUUUAAAUCAAUUUCUCAAAUUAUGCGGCAAUAAUAACAAAGUAUGGAUGACAGACUCAUACAAAAAGCUUUCGCCACAGUCGAAGUCGAAUUUUCUCAGUCGAACGCGAUCCAUCGUCAGAACUGUUUUGGAAUUCGUAGCUCGUGUUGAUGAUUCUGACGAACUGCUGGGUGAGUUGUUGGGUAAAAGAAAGGUAAAUGCGC